CGGAAUCCGUCGCCCCUCCUCAUGGGGAAGUCCUCGAAAGCAAAGAAGAAGCCUCCUGGAGGGAUUUCCCUUCUCCGCUCUACCUCUCCGGCGUCGUCCCCAUCAAUUUCUGAUGGAGGGGUCUCGCAAUCUCCGUCUGGGUCGACUGUCGCUCCGGGCUCCCCAGUGAAUGCCUCAGCUCUCUCCGCCGAGAAGGGCUCAGCCAUUAUUCAAACCCAGAUUGUCGUCUCGUCAGAUCUGGGAAACAAGCAACAAAAGCAGCAAACUUUAGGGUCUUCUUCGGGGACUUCUCAAGGUUCGCAGCUUCCGAGUAAACCAUCACAUAAUGCCUCAGCCACCGCUCUUGCGACAGGCUCAGCCAUUUCAAAGACCUUAGCCUCUGGCGAACUAGAUCUAGGUCAACAAAUCGAGGAGGUUAUAUCCGCUAAUCCUCCCGAUCCACUAGUGUCUUCGAUUGAUAUCUCCUUGCCUCAAUCCAAGUCUGUUGCUGUAGUCUCUAAUUCCGUAGAGCCAAAGGAACCACAGGAUCCAAAGAGCUCUCCGCCGAAAAUUUCAAAGGAUCCUUGGGUUGACCUCUUCAAAGGACCGUCGAAGAACCUCUCCAAAAAAGGAAAAGCUUUUAUCCUGCCAUCGGGUGAAGCCUGCGUCAAGAUUCCAAACUCCGUUAUAGAGAGAAAUCUGGGUUUGGAACUGGACUCCUUUUCGGUCCUCUGCUAGAGAAGCUGGGAGAUUCUGGACCUUCGGG